AAACUUGGACAGUAGUGCACUGGGGCAAUGUUGUAGCUGCAGGAGCUGCCCGGAGCAGGACUUGAAGUUGCUGCUCGUCUAGCUUCCUGUUUGACGCCGUUGUUUUGCCUUGGUGCGCAAAACAACAACAACAACAUCAACAACAACAGCAAGUCAAGAUGGUCAAGCGAAACUAGCUAUAAAACCAGCUGCUGGUUUUGUCAGUCGUGGGAUCCAGCGAGAUGUCCACCGUGCUGCUUGAUUGGACCGAGGAGUGAAGUGCAUUCCUGGAGGGGUUGAGUGGUGCUGUCUGUCCGUAUGAGAAAUCAGCCUGCUCACACCAUGCCCAUCGAAAUGGCCUCCAGCCUUAUUUGCCUGCACUGGAAUGGCUUGGGACAAAGAUGUGUGUUGCCAUGGUGAUCAUUUACAAGAAAACACUGGAAAAGAAGGGUGUUGAAGAUGUAACAUCCAAAAGGCCGGAUUUGGGCCCGUUCCAGGCGCAGACCAUGAGCCAGGGGACUGCGCUCUUCUCUUGCGGACUCAUGGAGACGAGCCGGUGGCGUGAGGUCAGUCAGGGCUGUGCCUUGCAGCAGAGGCCAGUGGGGGCCAGUCUGGAGAGCCUGUGGGACGUCCUGCCUGAGGUGCAUCAGAGUCCUGGUCAUUGGGGUUGGGAGGUUGGCACCGCCUCGAGCACCAUCACCAGCUUGCUGCAGAACCUCAGCCUGACCGAGGCUGCGUCUUCACCCUCCACUGCACCCCCCAGCAAGCGGCAGUGCCGAUCCCUAUCUUGCUCAGAUGAGCUGGGUGGUUGUCGCUCUGCCUGGCGCCCUCAGGGCUCACGGGUGUGGACAACAGUGGAGAAGAGGAGGUGCCACAGUGGUGGCAGUGUCCAGCGUGGCGGUGCCGGGGGUGCGCAGGUCAGCUUCCCAGCCAUGCAGCGCAGUUCCAGCUUUAGCCUGCCCACCCGCUCCAACACCCUCGAGCUGCCGUGCUUCACCCAGCGUCUGCCCUGCCCCUCUGCCUUCACUGGCCUGGCUCCUUCCUCCUCUGCGCCCCUGUCCUCUGAGCCCCCAGCGCAGCCCCUCUACCUCUCUCAUGAACAGAUCUGCCUCCCAGAGCCCCGUGGGCCCUCUCCACCCAGCUCCCCUGACUCCACUCCAGAGCUGGAGCGCCGUGGCGGGCAGGGGGGGCUGGCCCGCAGCCACUCACAGCCGUGCGUCCUCAACGACAAGAAGAUUGGCAUGAAGCGCAGGAGACCAGCUGACACACACAAGCAGAGGCCUUCCCUGGACCUGGCCAAGAUGACACAGAAACUUAGGAAUUUCCACAGCCUGAGCUGCCCUGGGAUCACAGGGGAAGACAGCUGCCAGUCAGGCCAAGCCCUCCCCAUUCUCAGGAGCACAGCCCAAUGUGAGACCGACUUCUCGUCUGUGAGUGAACAAGGCUUGGAGGACGUUCAACCCCGGACCAAAGAGGGCGAGACCACCCGGAGCAUGGCAACGGAUCCCACCAUCGAGGAGCUGGACUGGAACUCCCCAGACUGUGGCGACAUGACGGCAGGGACAACCAAUGGGAAGGACCGUGAGCCUCUGUGGGCAGGGCUAUGUAGCACAAGGAAGGACAUGUUUCAGCUGGGAGGUGAGCUCGACAUUGAGCAGAUUGAGAGGAACUGAGCUGAACUGCCUCCCCUCCGAGGGUACAGCAAGUAAACCAUGCUGAUAGUCUUACGGACAAAACAAGUGGAUAGCAGGGAGUGCCGCAGCACUUGCCUUGACUUUUUUCUCAAGGAGAGAUUGAGCAGGAGCUUUGUGGGCCGGGGGCCCAAUGAGGACUGCAGUCAGAAGCUACUUCCCCCUGUGCGGUAUCUCAAAUGUGUCUCAGGAGAACAAGGAAGCUGAUGGGGCAGGGGGCGGGGGAGGGGGGCUGUUGUACUGGGGUCUUAAAGCAUUUCUCUGUAACCCUGAUUACCUGUCUGUACUAGGUAUGGAGAGAAUACACAGCAGGUUUGUACAAAUUCUCUGCACUAGAAAUAGUGAAUGUUUCUCUGACGUUCUUCAGUAGUACAUGGGUACAUGAUGGACAGAAAAUGGAGACUACUUUGAGAGCUACUGUUAGUAAAGCCCCUUUCACUCUUAACUGAGCAAUGAGCUGCACGCACACACAAUCCAUUAAGUAUAUUGAUGAGCUUAACAUUUCACACAGUAACAUCGGGUGAUUUUUUUUUUUUCUCCGAGAUCUGUGCUCCUCUGUUUGAGAGAAACUUAGUGAUGCUAAUAGCGUUAAUAUUCUUCUUUUUACAGUUUGUAACUACAAAGCUAUGUUAAACAUGAACAUAUUUCUAUACAAAUAAACACAGUUUUAAAUGUGU